AUANAAUCGUGUAUGAGCAGAACUUGUACAUCGUCAUUCCAAUCGUCACCAGCCUCCACAUUUACUUUCUUGAUACAAACGUUAAUAGCGUCCCGUUGUAAACUGAACAACCCGGAUGAAUAUCCCAGAGAUCGCGUAAAUGAUGUUUUAAGAUCGAGCAUGGAAUUCGAUUUUGUGAUCGUUGGUGGUGGAACCGCGGGAUCUGUUUUGGCUCGCAGAUUAACGGAAGUGGAGAAUUGGAAGGUUCUGUUAAUCGAAAGAGGAGGAUAUCCUUUACCCGAAACCGCACCACCUGCUUUCUUCAUCAAAAACUUGGGCUUGUCACAGGAUUAUGCUUAUAAGAUCGAAUAUCUAAAGGACGCCUGCUUGAGCCAAGUCGACAAACGAUGCAGAUGGUCGAAAGGUAAAACCCUUGGUGGAAGUUCCGUUAUCAACGCCAUGUUGUACAUCCUUGGCAACAAAAGAGACUACGACACUUGGGCAAAUUUAGGAAAUCCUGGAUGGAAUUACGAACAAGUACUUCCAUACUUUAGAAAAUCGUCGAGCUGUUCAUCCGAAUACAUAGCCGAGCAUGGUACCGAUUAUUGCGGAUCAGACGGUCCUAUAAAAAUUAGACACUACAAUUACACUGCAACAGACUUGCAGAAUAUAAUGUUGGAAGCCAUGCACGAGGCUGGAUACGAUAUUCUCGAACCAUUGAACAACGAUCGUUUUAUCGGAUUUGGAAGAGCGAUGGGUACUCUCGACAAUGGGCAACGGCAAAAUUGUGCAAAAGCUUUCCUCUCCCCGAUCAAAAACAGAAAGAAUCUGUACGUAAUGAUGUCGAGCAGAGUGGACAAGAUUCUGUUCGAGGGUAAACGGGCGGUCGGUGUACGAAUCACUUUGAGCAACAACAAAUCGGUGAAUGUGAGAGCGACGAAGGAAGUGAUUUUGUCGGCGGGAAGUAUCGCCAGUCCUCAGAUAUUGAUGCUCUCGGGAAUCGGGCCAAAGGAGCAUUUGAAAGAAAUGGGAAUAUCCACUCUUGUCGAUCUGCCUGUCGGGAGGAAUCUUCAAGAUCACGCGAUAUGGUUAGGAUUAUACUACUCCUAUUCGAAUGAAUCGGUGACAUCUUCUCCUAGCGAGAAGAAUAAGUUAGACGAUAUUUAUGAUUAUUUGGAAUUCAAUACUGGCCCAUUACGCGUUCUUCCGCUCGAUCUCAACGGCUUCGUGAACGUGAACGAUCCUCAUUCGAAAUAUCCGAAUGUUCAAUUAAUGUUCGUACCGUAUCAACGAUACAGCAACGGAUUAUUAUAUUUAUUUCAAUCAUUCAAUAUGGACAAUGACAUUUUGCAAGAAAUACAAAAGGAUGUAAUGGAAACGAACUUGAUCUCUAUUUGUCCUAUAUUGAUAAGACCUUUGAGCCGAGGUUUUCUCGAGUUGCGUAACACUAAUCCGGCCGAUCCUGUUAAGAUCCAUGCGAAUUAUUUCGUCGAGAAGGAAGAUUUCAAAAUGUUGUUGAAAUCCGUGGAUAUCGCUAAGGCUUUAUUAAACACCGAGGCUCUGAAGAAGUACAACAUGACGUUAUAUUAUCUUAACAUUCCCGGAUGUCAACACACGAAGCCAGGUACCGAUGAAUAUUGGGAAUGUAGCCUUAAACACUUGUCUACCACGUUGUACCAUCCGAGUGGAACGGCCAUGAUGGGACCGGCCAACGAUUCCAGAGCCGUUGUGGAUUCGAGAUUGAAAGNGCACGGUAUCAAAAAUUUGCGAGUGAUCGACACGUCGAUCAUGCCGGAAGUGACGAGCGGGAAUACUAAUGCGCCGACUAUGAUGAUUGCAGAGAAGGGAGCGGAUAUGGUUAAACAGGAUUGGGGCGUAAAGAUACAGAUAUGAGAAACUGAGAUGAUUUAAAAAUAUUAUAUGCAAAAUAAUUGUUUUAUGUAUUACUUUU